GUAAUAUUGUCUGCCAUUACUUUUGGCCUCUAUGAUUGAGUGUGUAACGGCAUCUUACAAGACGGUUCUCUCUAUAAUCGAACUCUACCCAUUUGCCGGCUCUCAAUUUUUCGAUCUCUCACCUCCGAAAAAAUCUAUGGAGUGCGCAAAUCCUCUUUCAGAUCUCGUCAAAUGUUUAUGGGGCUUGGCCAGGAAACCUCUGUGCUCCAUUUAUAAUCUGAAAGAUAAUGUCGACUCGUUGAAUUCCGCAACUGCCAACCUGAAGGCCAAGAGCGAAGAUGUGAAAGCAAGGGUGAAAUGUGAAGAAGAUGGAGGAGGUGUGCAGCGCACGAAUCAAGUGGCGAGCUGGUUAGACAGCAUGCAAGAAUUUGAAGGUCGAGUAGAUCAAGUUCGUCAAGAAGCCGAGGAACGUGACCGAAUCAAAUGUCUCAGUCGUUGUCUUCCACGGCACUGCUGGUCGAGUUAUCAAUUGGGGGAAACAGUCGAUCGAAUGCUCAUUGAAGCGUCAAAACUCCAAACUGAGGCAGGACAAUUUGGCAUUCUGACGAUGCCGUUGCCUCCUCCUUCAGUAAUUAACAUACCUGUGGGCGAGACAGUGGGGCUUGAUAGUGCCCUUAAUAAAGCGUGGAAAUGGCUCGUGGACGAAAAACAAGCAAGAGUGAUUGGGUUGUACGGACCAGGUGGUGUGGGAAAGACCACCCUCAUGAAAAAGAUCAACGAGAAGCUUUCGCACCCAAAUCCUGGAUUUGAUAUCGUUAUUUGGGUGGUGGUGUCCAAGCAAGUGAAUGAAGAUAGCAUUCGAGACGCUAUGAGGAAAAGGCUGGGCCUUACAGGUGAGAACUGGAACGGAUGGUCGCCGGAUGACAGGGUCCAUUAUUUGUGGGAAGCUUUAACGAAGAAGAAGUUUGUAUUGUUGAUUGAUGAUGUAUGGGCGAGGCUGGACCUUUCCAAAAUCGGAGUUUCUCAUCCUGUUUUUGAGAACGGAUCCAAAGUAGUAUUCACGACUCGAUCGAAGGAAGUAUGCAGCCAAAUGGGAGCCGACAAUACCUCCUUCAAAGUACAAUGCUUGACUACCAAAGAAGCCCUGGUAUUAUUCGAGAACAACGUUGGCAAAUCGAUUGCAAAUUCUCAUCCAGAAAUUCAAGACCUCGCCAAGGACAUUGUCCAAGAGUGCGAAGGGUUGCCACUAGCCCUUAUUACCGUCGGGCGAGCCAUGGCCGGCAUAGACAAACCCCACGAGUGGAAGGAUGCGCUGACAAAGCUCAAGAAAAAUCCAUACAAGUUAUCAGGUAUGGAGGAGGAAGUGUACCGCAUAUUAGAGUUCAGUUAUGAUAAAUUAAAUGACUCUACCCUUCAGCGAUGCUUCCUUUACUGUUGUCUCUUCCCUGAGGAUUACCACAUAAGAUUGCACGACCUUAUUGGACUCUGGAUUGGAGAGGGCUUGUUAGGAGACACCGAUGAUGUAUACAGUUUGCGUAAUGAGGGAGAGCAUGUCUUGGGGAGGUUAAAUAGGGCUUGCCUAUUGGAGAGUGGGCAUGACGGAAGAGAGUACGUAAAGAUGCACGAUGUCAUCCGCGACAUGGCGACGUGGAUCGCUCGUGACCAUGGGCAAAGGGAGAGCAAGUUGCUAGUGAUAGAGAGAGAAGAAGACAUGUCCAAGGAGAUGAUCUCCAAAUGGGGGGAAGCAAAGAAAGUAACUAUACAGGGAGAAUGGAUUCGGAAUAUCAACCAAAUACCAUCCAGGUGUUCCCAGCUUGAAACUUUGUUUGUAAGGAAAACAAGAGUGACUGUCUUGCCAAGUGGAUUUUUCGACUCGAUGACGGCUUGUCUAGCGGUCCUGAACUUGUCCGACAACAGACAUAUCAAGUCAUUCCCCGAAGGGAUUUGCAAUCUGAUUAAUCUACAGUACUUGAACUUGUCAGGCACCGGUAUUAGUGAAUUACCCAAGGAAAUCAAGAACUUGACUCGUUUACGGUGGUUGCUACUAGACGACAUGUUGGAAAGAAACAUCUUUAUUCCGAGAGGGGCAAUCACAAGCUUACCGUUGAAUGUGUUCAGCCAGUGGGAGUCCAAAGAUCAUUGGGAGGAAUGUGGUUUAGUGAAGGAAGAAGAGACGGUAGAGGAACUAGUGUGCAUGCAACAUCUCACCGACUUAUCUAUCUGCGUGCGCGAGUCUUCCUCUGCUCAGAAAAUAUUCCAAUCCCCAAAUUUACGAAGACGCAUAAGGAGAGCGUACAUUGAUAAUAUGAAAGGUAACUUGACUAGCAUCGUAAUAACUUACUCACCAACAAGCACUGACAAUUUCUCGCAUUUAGAGACGCUUUAUUUAUCUCAAUGUACCAAGCUGAGUGAGAUGAAGAUAACUCAAGAAAUAGGACAAGCGCCCAAUUGCUCUUGCUUCCCCAAUCUUGUUGAAGUUUACGUCGACAAUUGUAGGCUUUCGGACUUGUCCUGGCUCGUGCACGCUCCGAAGCUCCGGAAACUGAUAGUCGUAGACUGUCAAUCGAUGGAGAGAAUCAUUGGGGAUGGAUUUGCAAGGGAGGAAUUAGCUGAUUCGGGACUAUUCUCACGUCUCGAAUACCUAGCACUCGUCCGUCUUCCCAAGCUAACGAGCAUUUGCGACCAGACUCUAUCCUUUCCCCAGGGGGUAAGCUUUGUCAUAUUCGACUGCCCUGGUCUAAGAAAGUUGCCGUUGGACUCGAGCAGCGCGAGGGGAAGCUUCGAGGUCCUAGCAGGAAAAGACUGGUGGGCCGGGUUUGAGUGGGACCCCACCGACCGGGUCACUUUGCAGUUGGGUGGCGAGGGCCCCGUAGAAGAAAUGAUAUUUGGAGAGGCAGCACGUAAAGUGAAAGAUGUGUCCCGUCGCCAGACCAAGAUUGGAUUCCUACCUCGUGGGGGGCCGAGUGAGUGAGUGAGUGAGUUGAGGCUGAUAAGUUUAAUAUUGUUUUUUU